GAAACUUUCGAGAAGCAGAGUAAGUACGACUCCUCAACCUGGCCUAUUGGUUUUUUCUUCAAGCGCAGAAGUUAGUGACAAGAAUCUUCAAUUUUUGUCCAAGAUUGAAGCAUCUAACCCAAGAAGUGGGCAGUGGCAUGCUCUUCAAGAGCAUGCGGAAAAAAUUGACAAGGCGCUCAAGGUCCACCGAUUGUGAACUAUUCAAUCCCCUUCGCCGGCUGGCCCCAGUUACCUCUUCCAAGUUCGAUCCGUACCAAAAUCAUCUCCCUCCGGCUAAUCCGCCAUUAUUCACCCUUGUUAUCUUCAUACGGAGUAAUUCUGCUUCAAGUCAUCGGCUCCGGUGCAGGUUCGGGAUUGCAGUAAAUUUCUAUGAGACAGUUCAUGGCACAUCCAAAUACAUUGCCUCUUAUGCUCUCUUCAGAAUCCCCCGAGAAAAGCGGGAACUCUAAUCCAACUUCCAGUAUGUGGUCUCCCUACCCUAAUUAUCAGCAACAUAGCUUUGAGUGCUUGAAUGGACACGUGGCCAUUCUUUGGGAUAUAGAGAACUGUCCGGUUCCCAGUGAUGUGCGCGCCGAAGACGUGGCUGGAAACAUAAGAAUGGCUUUGGAUCUACAUCCCAUAAUAAACGGAGCUGUCCGAAUGUUUUCUGCUUAUGGAGAUUUUAAUGCCUUCCCAAGACGAUUGAGGGAGGGUUGUCAGAGAACGGGGGUUAAACUUAUUGAUGUUCCCAAUGGAAGAAAGGAUGCUGCUGAUAAGGCUAUCUUGGUUGACAUGUUUCUUUUUGCAUUUGACAACCCUCCACCCUCGUCGAUUAUGCUUAUCUCUGGUGACGUGGAUUUUGCUCACGCACUUCACAUUCUUGGUCAACGUGGGUAUACUGUGAUCCUUGUCAUCCCUUCUCAGGUGAAUGUGUCAUCGGCUUUACGCAAUGCAGGAAGGUUUGUUUGGGACUGGCAAAGUGUAGUCCGUGGUGAUUGCUUUCUCCCUCUUAAAAAAGGGUUGCGUCCUCAUCGUGGAGGAACCACGGGCAUUUCUGCUGCUCUAACGGGACCUUCUGUUAAUCCUAACUCAGAAGGUUUUCAAAAUGAAGAAGAGGGAAUAGUGUACAGAGGCAUCUCCGAGAGCUAUUGCAGUGCUAGGGACAUGUCAAUGAUUUCACAGACUCCUGCUGAAUAUGGUAGCACUUCAACUUCAGCUGGAAACAUUUCUUCUAACCAUUGCCAGAAUGACUUGGCAUGGGUUCAGCCUGGGGAUCUCAAUGGUUUAAAGGCCCAGCUGGUGAAUUUGCUUGAGCUACGUGGAGGCUGCCUACCUUUUAAACGUCUCUCUUCAGAAUACCAGAGACUUUAUUCCAGACCUCUUUAUGUAUCAGAGUAUGGAGCAUUCAAACUUAUUAACCUUCUGAAGAACUUUGGUGAUGCCUUGGCAGUGGAGGGCAAUGGUCCUAAGAAGAUUGUCUAUCUUCGUAACACAAGAGCCGGACCAACCUCUUCUCCUCCACUGACUCAAACGAAGAGUGAUAAAAAAGGAAAAGGUGUUGUUCCGGUAGAGAACACUAAGUCUAUGAUAGUAGUUUCAGAUGAGUCCUCUGACGAUGAACAAGUAAUUGUUGAGGAACAUUGGGGAAGAACAAAGAAGUCCUAUUUAGAAACAGGGACGCUUUCAGAAUUUACUAACAAGAGCCUUGAGAAAUUCAAGCACGAGCUCCAGGAGAUUUUUGUGAGCUAUUCGUGUCGGAUUUUCAUGGGACGUUUUGAGGAAAUAUAUCAGCAGCGGUACAAGAGGCCACUGGAUUACAAGAGCUUGGGCGUGAAUGAGCUGGGAGAAUUGCUGGAUAAGGUAAAAGAUGUGGUGGUUGUGUAUGAGGAACUAGUUAGCGGAAGAAAGUUUCUCGCUGCCGUUGGUGGAUAGAAAGCUUCUAGAAGAGUGAGAUUGAAUCUGGCGAGGUAUGCUGGUCCCACCCUAUUCGUCAUCUGAUUUAUUAUACUCUUAUAUCUAUUAAAGUUUCAUGGAGAUGGAAGGAGUGAGCAACCAUGACUAGAUUCAUUCAAUUGCCGCGUUCCAAUUGAGAAAUUAGAAAUGGGACAGCAGAUGUGGAAGCACUGAGUCAUGCAUGCUCCUUCACUUCAUCAUAGUUCAUCUAGAGUACAAAAGCUGUUGCUAUGUUUUUCACAGUCAACGAGUAGUUACCGUAGCUUGUGUUCACAGCCUGUGUAUUAAACAUUGAUGUCUGGGUGGAUUACUGCUACUCUUUAACACGUUAGGGUAAAAAAGGUAGUCACUUCUCAUGAUUCUUUAAAGAACGAUUUGAUUAUCCACAGCUUAUAAAUGCAG